AUGGACCGUGGUUUAUUGGAACUACGUUUGCAUGCAUAUGCUUACGUUCUUUUAAAGAGAGAGUUGUUGACGAGCAACACUUUGGUUAAACUCACAUUAUCCGGUGAAUAUUGUGUUGAAGUCAAGCGUGUGUAUUUCCCAGUGCUCAAAUCACUGUCUCUUGAAUUUCUGGAGCUUGCUUAUCCCGACUAUCAGCGCCUCCUCGAUUUCUGUCCUACCUUGGAAGAACUAUUCGUAGCUGAUGAUGAUGACCAUUCCAAUCCAUGUUGCGGUGCUGUCGUGAAAAGUGAAUCCCUCAAGCGGCUUGUGGUUUCUAUCGAUCUUCCUGAUUCUCAAGAGGAUCACGACUCAAUGCUCUUGGAUACACCAAGUCUUGUGUACCUUAAAUAUACUAGUUAUGUUUUUAAAGAACAUGAUGCUGUUGGUUUGGAUCUUCUUGUCGAAGCCAGACUAGAUCUCAGCUUAUGGGAGUCAACUAGCGAUUAUGAUGAUGAUGAUGAUGAUGAAGAAGAAGAUGAUAAUGAAACUGAUGAUGAUGAUGAUGAUGAUGAUGAUGAUGAUGAUGAACCAAAGAUGCCUAUAUUUGGUGAUGUGAUAAAGCUAGUUGUGGGUAUAACCAACAUUUCGACCCUUCACUUGUCUGCUGAUUCCCUUGAGACGUUUCAUUUCUGUUGUGAAUCCAUGCCGGUGUUCAACAACCUUCUCAAUUUAUCUAUUGAGAGUGAUAAAGAAAAAGGUUGGCAAGUAAUGCCAAUUUUGCUCAAGAGUUGUCCAAGUCUACACACUUUUGAAAUCAAGGGACUUGUGCAUAGAGAAACAAAUAAGUGUGGAGAUGCAUGUGCUUGCAUCCCCGGAAAGCAUAAAGAGGGGGUGGAAGAAGUAUGUUGCCAAUUGACAUGUCAAGUGAAGGUCCUAGAGAUAUCAGAUUACAUAGGUUCUUCUCAAGAGCUGAAGCAGAUGAGACAUUUCUUGGGCAAGUUGAAGUUUCUUGAAUCUGUGGAUGUGAGUAUUGACGCAGACAACGACAAUAGUGAGCUCUUGAGAAAUAAUCUGCUGACUCUCCCAAGAAUUUCAUCAAAGUGCAACAUCCAAUUCAUUUGAUGCUUCUUUCCUUACUUUUCUCAGUUGAAAAAACAUUUCAGACACUCAAAAGGAACAUGAUUCUUGGUAC